GUAACCGUCGCAUGCGAGCGCGACUGGGCGGCUGCGGCCGUGGCGCAGCCGGGCACGUGCGGCGGCCGGGCACGGGCGACGGCCGGGCGGCGCGGGGCCAUCCACGGUCUGAAGCGGCAACGCGUGGAUGAGCCGGGCAGCCCGUCUUCCUCCUGUGUACAAGAACCACCAUGGAGGCCGGAGUUGGAUGCCACGACCGUUGGGGAGCCCGAACGUUGUCGGGUGCUGGCGCAGUGCACUGACUCGAUUCAGUUAUCCAGUCCGUAUUGACUUCCAAUUGAUUACUCUUCACAUGUGCGGAGAAAAUCGCUGGGACGGGCGUUGUCGGCAUAGACGGAGCCGGUGCGCGGAUGGGCGGCCACGGGCGUCAUGGCUACGGGCACGACGGGCGGCCACUGGCAGGGCGCUGGGCACUGGGCGCGCCCGCGUGAGGGGCGGCACGGCCGGACGGCCACGAACGCCACGGUCCUGCGCGACCAAGGUCAGACGCGGCCACGGACAGGCUCGGGAGACAAGGCCACGGCGCCGGCACGGACUGCCGCAGUCACGACCAGACCAGCAGCCGGAGCGGCUGCUCGACAACGAGCGCCGGGGCACAAUGAAGGCGACGCUGAAGCGUCUAUUCUUCUCGAGCCGCUGAGGGCUUUCCUGCCGAAACCAGGAGCGGGGCCGUCGGGGACCGCGUGAGUCGUCGAGGAGGUGUGCGUGCCAGAGCGCCGUGAGCGAUCUCUCUUCUUUGGCCUAAUUGCUCUUUGUUAGGCAAAGUGCUGAUAACAUGUUAGAGUAAAACGAGAUUGAAUGAAAGUAAUGGACGAUCAGUCGUGAUUUCUAUUGA